AUGAAGACUAGUAGGGUUAAAGCAGGCAGUAGGCAGUGGCAUGAAAAGCUAUGUUCCGAACUUAGUGCUUCCGGUUACAUACAAUCAAAGCAUGACUAUGCUUUGUUUACUCGAGCUUCAAAUUCAACCUUCACAGCAAUACUAGAGUACGUGGAUAACUUGGUACUUGUUGGAGAUUGCUUAAACGAGAUAAAUAGGAUCAAGAAAAUACUUGAUGAUGCUUUCAAGAUCAAAGAUAUAGGAAAACUAAAGUACCUCAUUGGGAUGAAAGUGGCACGCAGCAGCAAAGGUAUUGCAUUGUACCAGUGCAAUUAUGUCCUUGAAUUGGUCUCCGAAUAUGACAUGCUCAAUGCCAAACUUGUCACAAUGCCCAUGAAUUACUCCACCAAGUUGUCAAAAGAUUAUGCAGCACUAUUUCAAGAUGUGUCCUUCUAUCGAAGAUUGGUUGGAAGAUUGCUUUAUUUGACCAACACAAGGCCUGAUAUUAGCUUUGCUGUUAGAAAGCUGAGCCAGUGUCUUGAUUGUCCCACCAUUGCUCAUCAUCAAGCUAUGCUGUGCGUGUUGAAAUAUCUAAAGCUCGCCCUACUCGAGGUCUAUUCUUUCCAGCAUCAUCCGACUUGUGUAUCACUGCGUACUCCAACUUCGGACUGGGCUGGGUGGCCAGAUACAUGCAGAUUAGUUACAACAACAUGCUUCUUCUUAGGAAACUGA